CACAUGUUAAGGUGAUCGCGUACAUGAUGCGUUCUACCUUCAGUUUUCAUGUGAGACAAAUCGUGUAUCCAUUACUUUAAAUCAUUAUCGUGCGAUUCGAAAUGGAUAACAAAUACAUGAAUGUUAAAAUAUAUUCCUACGUAAGAGGAUAGAUGCCACUCAACACCCUGGCUACUUGACAAGCUGACCAGUUGACCACCGAGAUAAACUCACAAAUCACAAGCUGCUUUGGACUGAUAAGCGGGCCUGAAGUGGCUUGUAAGUACAAACAGGAAACAAAAGUAUGUCCCAUACCCCUCAAAGGACAGUAUACGUGUGGCGGCAAUGAGGGACAGAUGUAUAUGGUCAAUUCUCUUCGUAUUUAUACUCCAUUAUUCCCCAGGAAUAAAGAAAAACGACAAAACAAUGAUACAUCUGUUGUACAAGCGAAUCAUGUUACCAGUGCGGAAAUGAUUGUGAACGAAUAUGAUUAAAAUGAAUUAACCGGAUCCAUCGAAUUAUAUAUUGAAGUGACAGUAUCUUAUAUCGGAUAUAAUAAGUUUAUAUUCACUGCCUUUGUUUACUGUACGCGGAGCAAACCCGUAUUAUGUUGAAGGAUGCGAAAUUAUCUGAAAUCUUUAUCUCAUCUGUUUACCUGUGUAUGACUUCGUUUAAACCGUUUGGAUUUACACAAUGUUAAUUUCAGCUAUGAUUUUAAGAUAUUAAGAAUUCCUGCGGGCUGGGAUAAUUAUAAACUCUGAUAAAAACAAAUGUUUCCGUUAUUCCUGGCGAUGCCUAAAGCGGAAAAUAAUUACAAACAAUCAGCAGAUGACAAAAUGCAUUAACUUCAGAACAUGGUGGCGCUGAAGCUUUUCAUUAAAUAGGAUGCAUCCAAUUCAAACGGAUGCUUUAUGGACUUGAGUAGGAGAACAUUACCUUUCAUAUAAUGGGCGGGUUGGUAUAAAUGACAGAUAUGGAGAAUCCGGAGUCGGUAUAAAUAUGAAGAAACUUGACAUUCACCAGGAUAACAGGAAAACUUCUGCGUUGGAAACUGAUUCUGGAUAAAUGUGUCAAUAGGAAAAUACAAUGUUAGCCGCAAAAAAAUUCAAACGAAAUCUCAAACGGAACAGCAUCAAAUAACGAGAAUGCGCUUAUGACGUUUUAAAGAUAAAUCAAGCAGACGACAAAUAACUGCUUCAGCAUUUGAAGCUCGUGCAAACAAAAAUGAAUUUCUCAGACAAUUUUACUGAUUCUGCGGACAAUUUGACCGAAUCGUUGAAGGAUCUGAACCAACGUUACGCAAAAGCACUGGUCCCGUUGACGGUGACGUUCGGCUUCUUUACAUUGUUUGGCGUCCUAGGUAAUCUUCUCAUUUUACUUGUCUUUUCAUUAAGCCGGGACUAUCGACGCAAUAACUUCAAAGUGUUUGUACUAACUCUAGCAGUGAUUGACCUUGUGAUUUGCUUAACAUUGAUACCUGCUGAGAUGGUAAAGCAACGUCAUUAUUUUGCCUUCGGGGAUGUUUUAUCAUGUAAAGUGAAGACUUUCUUCAAUGUUUUCGGAGCUUCAGCUUCUUGUCUGGCUCUUCUCGUGAUAUCAAUAGACAGAUUCAGAAAGGUAGUGCAGCCAUUCAAAACACAAAUGACCCCAACAAUAGCGGUUAGAAUCCUUAUAGCUGUGGCGUUUGUAUUUCCCAUUCUGUUGUCCAUACCUGGAACGAUCAUGAGCGGAAUUAAGACAGCUAAUAUGACUAAUAAGUACGGAGAAAAUACUAUUAUACAUCUUUGUGAAACGGAAGAGCGGUAUGAAAAAUCAGUAUGGAGAAUUAUAUAUAAAUGGGUGUUCAUCAUUCUUCUGUUUGGAAUUUCAUUGACGUAUAUUGUCCUCUAUUCAUUCGUCAUGCGGGAAGCAGGAAAACAAAUCAAGGCGAUGGCCAAUCAACGUAAGAAUUCGUUUGACAUUACGUUAAGUUCUGGCAUAUAUGAUCCAAACGCGAUUAUACACGAGCCGUUAGAAACAGAGGGGCGACAUCAUCCAACACGGGUAUCCAUAAACGUUCCCGAGCAGGAACCAUUGACUGAAGACGGUCAGGCCAAUGGAACGCUUAGAAAACAUUCAAACAAUAAGUACCCUCUGAAUGGGUCAUUGAGAAAAUGUGAAUUAAAACGUAAGAAACUCUCAAAGCAGCUAAGCCUAAGAAGUGUUCGUAGCCACACACCGAUGCUGCAUCGACAUGGGUUCCCAACUAAGACUAUUAUAUGGUUUAUAUUAACAAUUGUGUUCAUUAUUACUUACAUGACACACAUUUUUCUAGCGCUGAAAGUUGGUAAAAUAGUGUACAUGUCUCCAGAUGAAUUUUCUUCAUUUUCAUUCUUCUUUCGUAUAUAUUUUGUCAACCAUAUGAUCAAUCCAAUCGUGUAUGCCAUCUUUGUGAAACGCUUCCGAACUUCUUGCAAAAAUCUUUUUCCUUUGUUAAAAUCUAGAGUAUUGAACUAUUGUCGGGGAAGAUAAAGUUAUGGCUGCUAUAUAAAAAAGUUUAAAAAAUGUUACAAUUUGAUGUUUCAUUUAUAUGUUGAAUAAAUAUGUUUGCACUUUA